AUUUGCUAACCAUUCUUUUGUUCAACUUCUAACAAACUCAACAACCUGUAAUUUAGGUUCCCCCCUUAUUAUUAGGUGUUAGGUUUUAGUUAUUGUUUCCUUGUAUAUUAUGUUGCAUUUCAGGUACCAUAAAUUUCCCCUACAAAAUUUAACAUUCUUGAAAUCAUCAUUCUUCUUUCUCAAAUUUCCUCUAUAAAAUCAAACAACAUUUUUUUGUUCUUUUUCUCAAUUUUCUCAUAAAAAUGCCACCUUUUAUUGGUUCAAAUCCUCUUUCAAAUGGCUUCAAACACAACAACAACAAUAACACCAUAAUCACCAUUGAUGUAGGUGGACAACUUUUUCAAACAACCAAACAAACCUUAAAACAAGCAGGUCCAAAAUCCCUUUUUUCAACAAUUUUAAAUAAUAAUAAUAAUAAUAAUAAUGAUAAUUCAAUUCCAUUUAUUGAUAGAGACCCUGAAAUUUUCUCAAUUUUGUUAUCACUUUUAAGAACUGGAAAUUUACCUUCAAAAGCUAAAAACUUUGAUAUUCAAGAUUUGAUAUUUGAAGCACAAUAUUAUGGUGUAGAACAACUUAUUUUAAAUUCUCAAUCAAACCUAUCUCAAUUUGAACCUUUUGAUUUAGAAAAAUCUGUUCUUUUACCUUUAAGUGGUAGAGAUUCACCUACAUCAAUUUCAACAACACAAAAUGGUUCAGUUCAGGUAGCCCAUGGUUGUAAAAUUACUUCUUUUGAUUGGUCCUUGAAGAGAAAGUCAACAAUUUUGACUCAAUUUCCAGCUAUUGAUUCUAUGUUGUGUUUGGCUCCAAGAAUUGUGGCAGCUGGUGCUACAGACUUUUCUGGUUUGCAGAUUCUUGACUUGUUUAAGGGUUCUGUCAAACAGACCCUUAAUUGGGAGAAUGUGACGAAAUCUGGUUCAACAGUACAGGCAAUUGGAUCAUCAGGUGAAUUCUUGUUCACGAGUUUCGAAUCAGCUAGGAGAAAUUCCAACUGCAUUAUGAUAUAUGAUCUUAAUGAUAAUUUUAGGCCGGUUACUGAGAUGUGUCAUUAUGAAAUCUUUGGAGCUAAAUUGGAUUCAGCAAUUCCCGCCACAAAAUUAAAAUGGCUUCCUAGUCAUAACUUAUUGAUGUCUGCCGGUUCACAUAGUGGUCCUUCUGGUGUUCUUGGGAACAUUAAAUUUUGGGAUUUAAGGUCCGGGAAUUCGGUAUGGGAAAUAAAAGAAAAUGUCGAUUGUUUCUCUGAUAUCACAGUCUCGGAUAAUUUGUCGGGUAUUUUCAAAGUGGGCAUACAUUCGGGCGAAGUUUUUCUUGCUGAUUUGAGGAAUAUUGGUUCUGAGAAUGCUUGGUUUUGUCUUGGCGAUCAAAGAAAGGUAACAAAUGGUAAAAAAGAAGGAAGUGGUUGCAGAAUUGAAAGCCAUGGGAAUCAAGUAUUUUGUUCUAAAGGUGGAAAUGUUGAGUUGUGGUCAGAAGUACUUAUCGAUGGUUCGAUAAAAGGAAGAGUUUUUAGGAAGAACUUUAUGGGAAGAGCAAAAGACUAUUGUGGCAAUAAGAUAACUCACUUAAGCUUUGGAGGAAACAGAAUGUUUGUUACAAGAAAAGACCAACAAUUUGUUGAGGUUUGGCAGAGUUCUGUUAGGGGAUUUUGAUUUUUCGCAAGCAUUUGGUAGGAGUAGGUCCCGCUGAAGCCAAAUUGUUGGGACUGAGGCGCAAUUGAUUGAUUGAUUGGUAAGAGUAGGUUAGCGGUUAGUUUUAUUAGUUGUAAAUGUUUAUAUAGUUCAU